UUGGUCGCCCUCGCAGUUGCCAAUCAUUCCGUCAUUUACGAGGAGGAGGAGGGUGGGGUGUUUUUUCCUCCCCUUUCGGGGCAGCCGGUCAGGCAGUUGCCAAAAGGAGGCAACCGCUUCCUCGCCUUUUUCUAGAGCAGGGGUAGGCAAUCUUGACUCGUGGACUUCAACUCCCAGAAUUCCUGAGCCAGCCAUGCAGAGGGGAAAGGGAGUUUCUAAGCUGAGCUAUGAUGGCAGAGGGAAUUCUGGGAGUUGAAGUCCGCGAGUCAUAAAAGCCAAGAUUGCCUAGCCCUGAUCUAGGGGCUCCCGAGAGGGUUUCGGGGCGGAGUCGGACCGGGGCGUGGCCACGCCCCCCUGCGGAAGCGCCCCGAAAGGUUCUGGCUCCUCCCCCAGCGCCUUCCGGGUCUCCGAGCGCGACUGUCCCGCGGCCGCCCUGCAAGCGGAGCGGCCCGGCGCUAUGGCGGAGGAGGACGGCGAGAGGGACUACGGCCUGACGGCGGCGCAACGGGCGGUGAAAGGCCGCUACCCCGCCAUCCAGAGGAAGUACGCGUAUCUGGAUCACACAGCCGAUGUGCAGUUGCAUGCCUGGGGUGAUACCUUGGAAGAGGCGUUUGAACAAUGUGCUAUGGCCAUGUUUGGGUAUAUGACAGACACGGAGACCGUUGAACCUCUUGACACUGUAGAGGUGGAAGCGGAAGGACAUGAUAUGCUCUCUCUCCUCUUUAAUUUCCUCAACGAGUGGCUCUAUAAAUUCAGCGCUGAAGAGUUUUUCAUACCCAGAGAAGUGAAAGUGCUUCACAUUGACCGAAUACGUUUCAAGAUACGAUCUAUUGGGUGGGGAGAAGAGUUCUCUUUGCAGAAGCAUCCCCAGGGGACAGAAGUCAAAGCAAUCACGUAUUCAGCCAUGCAGGUUCAGGAAGAAGGAAAACCAGAAGUUUUUGUCAUAAUCGAUAUUUAAAGAAAGGUGGCGAGCCCGUUGAGCAACAGGAAUCAUUUUCAGGAGGAGCCCAGAAGCCAGUCGGCCAGAAGCAGCUCUGGAUGCAGAUUCAGGCAGCAGCCAUUGAGGAGAUAAUUAGACUAACUUGGCAGUAAAAGCCAGAGAUGAAAUUGUUAGCUGUUUCAUGACAAGAUGCGUGAUGGAAAUGAACUAGGAUUAAUUUUUUUCCUUGUUUUGAUUUAAUUCCUCCAUUCCCCCCUUGGGGAAUACAUCCAGUAAGAGGAAACAGAGCA